AGUUGUGAUAUUUGUAGGCAUUAUUUCCUUUACAUCACAGGAGAAAGGGUAUUUUAAAAAAUCUCACAUUCUUGUAAUCAACACCAUAUGACAUGAAAAUUAUAUUGUGUAUGUAUGGGGUCUGGGGGCUAAGAGGAUACCUUUGACUCUCUCAGCCAAACUGGUGUGAGGAGGUCUAAUAUGUUGCAACAGAUCAGUUUUCCUGCACCAUGUUUAACAUGUAUGUUCCCAUAUACAGUCCUGCCCUAACCAUAACCCUUAUGUUUUACAGUGAAACCCAGGAUGUGCAACCUGAGGCCCACCAAUCCAAUUAUUGAUGGACAUGGACCUACAGCAGGAACUACAGCAGGAGCUAUUGUUGCUGUGAUUGUGCUCAUCACUGUAACGCUCACCCCAGUCAUUUACUACCGCUGCAGAAAAAGGCAUGGAAGGUUAAGGAGGAAUCCAUGGGCUCAGACAAACUCAUGCAUCUAUUGGCCCAUAAGAAUAGAACAGCUCAGGUGUGAGGAAGAAGAAAACCCGUAUGAGGUAAUGGAGCCUACCUACCCUGUGCUGUCCACCUCUGCAGAGGACAAUGAGAAGAAUGCAUCUAUUGAGGAGGGUCUGACAGCCUGUAUUGAAGCCAAGGAUUUGUGCUCCUCACAGAUAGAAAAAUCAGAGGACAAUGGAUCCAUGGGAAACAGAGAUCAGGCUGAUACUGAAGGACCGGAGCCACGUUCCUUGUACAUAGAAGAUGAGAUGGAUGUUGAAGGACAGGAGCCACAUUCCUUGCACACAGAAGAUGAGAUUGAUGUUGUAGGACAGGAGCCACAUUCCUUGCACACAGAAGAUGAGAUUGAUGUUGAAGGACAGGAGCCAUGUUCCUUGCACACAGAAAAUGAGAAAAAUGCAUCCCACGUGGAGGUCACGACAGCAUUGUGAAACAAAGGAGCCAUGUUCUUCAGAGGAAGAAAGGUCCAAGGAUGAAGAAUCCCUUAAAGUUCUGUAUUCAAGGAUAACAUAAAUAUUAGACAGGUUUAUAUGUGAAAAUUUACCUCAACACAGUUCAGAUUAGGUCACAAAGGAGAACAGGAUGCCCAGGAGCCACAUCCAUGAGGACACAGUGAAGUUCCUAAAUAUGUUUUUGAUAAUUUCAUGUUUGUUCAGUUUGUCUCAGCCUCUUUACUCAAACUUAUGUGAAAUGUGUGGACCUGGCCCUCAUUGAUUAAAGAGGAGGAAAGGACAUCCAAGUGCCACGUUG